CGCCUCGCUUCGCGCUCCUCGGCCUUCGCGGCCCGGCGAUGGAGGCGGCGGCUCCGGAGGGUGCCGAGCCGGGGAGCGGCGCGGAGGAACCCGUGGUGUCCCUGGCGGAGGUGCUGGCGGAGAACGAGGAACUGGAGAAGGAAGCGCGGGCCGUGCUGGGGGGCAGCGACCACGAGCGCUGCAGUUACUCACAGGGCGCGGUGAAGCGGCAGGCGCUCUACGCCUGCAGCACCUGCACACCGCCCGGCGCCGAGCCAGCGGGGAUCUGCCUGGCCUGCAGCUACGAGUGCCACGGCACCCACCGCCUCUUCGAGCUCUACACCAAGAGGAAUUUCCGCUGUGACUGUGGAAAUAGCAAGUUCAAAAAUCUGCAGUGCAAGUUACUCCCGGAAAAGGGCAAGGUGAAUUCAGGAAAUAAAUAUAACGACAAUUUCUAUGGAUUAUACUGUACAUGUAAAAGACCUUACCCUGAUCCUGAAGAUGAGAUUCCAGAUGAGAUGAUUCAAUGCAUAGUUUGUGAAGACUGGUUCCAUGGAAGGCAUCUGGGUGCAGUUCCCCCUGAAAGUGGAGACUUCCAUGAAAUGGUGUGCCAGGCCUGCAUGAAACGUUGCCAUUUCCUAUGGGCUUAUGCAUCACAAUUUGCAGUUCCUCCAUUGACCAAAGCAAAUUCCCUUGAAGAUGAAGGGAUUGUCCUAAAGGUAGAGGAAAGUGAAGAGCAGAAGAAAGAAAUAAAAAAAGAAAGUGGAGUGGAACACCAUGACACAAAGGAAGAAAAGCAAUCAGAACAAUUUAAUGAGCCAUCCACUAGCUCUGGGCCUGCCUGUCCUGAGGUAGUUACUAAGAGUGAGGAGCCACUCUGCAAGCUAAAAGAGCUCCAAAGCAAGCCAUUUGUGAAAAAAGAUACUGCCACCUUUUGGCCAUCGAACUGGAGGAGCAAGUUGUGCACUUGUGAAGACUGUUUGAAAAUGUACUCAGAGCUUGAAGUCCAGUUCCUGACAGAUGAAUGUGACACUGUCUUGGCUUAUGAAAAUAAGGGUACCAGUGACCAAGAGACAGAGAGGAGAGAUCCUUUAAUGGACACCCUUAACAGUAUGAACAGAGUCCAGCAAGUGGAACUCAUCUGUGAGUACAAUGAUUUAAAGACGGAACUGACUGACUAUCUCAGGAGGUUUGCAGAUGAGGGAACGGUGGUUAAAAGAGAAGACAUUCAGAACUUCUUUGAAGAAUUUCAGUCUCGGAAAAGGCGACGGACUAACAGGAUGCAGUACUACUGUAGUUAGACUGAGAGGGUUUGGGUUGAAAGGACAACUGGCAAAACAAUGUUCACUGGCAAACAGAAAAAAUAUCUUCAGUUUUUGGCUUCUCAUCAAAAUCCAGCUGUCCAAGAAACAUCAUCAUUUUGUCUUAGACUUCCUUCAUUCGUAUCACCUAAAACAUGGGCUUAACAAAUCCUUUCAUUGCAGUUAGAGGGAUUCCAGUACCGGUCGACUUUGCAUUCCCGUGAAUGCCGGCCUUGUUUCCAGGGGAGGAGGGUAUUACCGGAGCAGUGUGUCCUGCUGCUUCCCCUUCGCCUCUCCCCUGCUUACUGCCAGGGCCUGGAGCCGGGGCUGUGCUAAACCGGGGGCAGGGAACGCGCUCCCGGCUUUCCUCCUUGGAUGGCUCCGUUUCCCCCUUCGGGCUGUAGCGGUUCUGGGAGGACCCCAGCACCGAGCAGCCGCCGGUUCCUGCCCUGCCGUGCCUCCCCAGGGGCUGAGCCCAGCGCUGCUGCCUGCCGGCUCCUGCUGGGGAAGUGCUCCCCCGGCUGCUCAUAAAUGGGAAAGCAGAGCUUAGGCUUGAUGCAAUCUGGUUUUAUACAUUAAAAAACAUAUUUAUAGUAUUGGACAGGGAUGGUUUCUCUGGUAAAAAAAUUGUCAGACGAUUUUAACUCACUCAUCGGACCAUAAACAAUAGCUAGGAGGAGGUACUAAAUUAGAAACUAAAAAUGGGGGGUUGUUACGUGCUUUGAUUUUAAACUCUAGCCUACAGCAAAUUCUUCUACUUUAUAAAUGUUGCUAAAAACACUGCAGCAUCCUGG